AUGACCUCAUGUUCCAAUGGUAUUCUCACUAUCCAAAACGCAACCGACCUUUGGUUUGUCUGGUCUGGUGAAACCGAAUACGACAUCAAUGCCGGGACAGCGGCAGCCAACUAUUCGUUCCGCGGAGCUGAUCCUCACUCCAAACUGACACCGAUUCUUUCGGCGAUCAACAGCCUCACAUAUUCUAACUUUUUAAAGAGACAAGUCAACGACUACACACAGGGAACAAGUUCAUCGUUCUCCCUCAACCUUGGGCAGCGUGCAGAUUACGAUCACUCAACAGACGAGCUUCUUGUUUCUUAUCAAGCAUCUCAACUGAAUGGCCAAACAACCGAUAAAGGAAGGACGCUGUUAGAAUGGCUCCUCUUCAAUUACGGGCGUCAUCUCAUGUUCAGUUCAGCCCGUGGAAAUCUUCCAGCUAAUCUGCAAGGAGUAUGGUCCUUUGGUUCGUGGGCACCUUGGAGUGGAGCAACUAGCCAAUAUCAACGUACAAAUGAUGUACUGGCCUGUCGAAGCUACGGGAAUGGAUAUCACACAAACACUAUGGGACUUUGUCCAGGUCAGAAAACGGUCGUACCUAGGGGGAGCGAGACAGCCCAAAUACUAUACAAUGUUUCAAAGGGAUGGGCUAUGCACGAUGAGACCUUCAUAACGAUGGAUUUACAGAUAUUUGGUUCUACUGGUAUGAAAGGACUCGAUAUUCCAAAUUAUAAUCCUGGCGAAUGGACAAACUACGCAGGUGCUGGCGCUUGGCUUAUGACACAUGUUUGGGAUCACUUCGACUAUACUGGCGAUGUGGACUGGCUUCGAAGACAAGGGUAUCCUCUCCUCAAAGUCACCACUCAGUUCUGGCUUGAGGCUCUGCAGAACGAUGGCUAUACCAAAGAUAACUCUCUGGUUGCGGUGCCAUGCAACUCUCCGGAACUCCCUCAAACCACUUUUGGCUGUACACAUUGGCAGCAGCUGAUUUGGGAGCUAUUCAACGCCGUGGAAAAGUCACUUUCAGUACUAAAUCUCUCAUCGGAAAAUGCUUUCUUGAGUGAAUGGAGACUCGACUUGGACAAUUCUGAACGUCUAACUCAUCGUCACUUGUCACACCUUGUCGGCCUAUAUCCUUCAUACUCCAUCUCAUCAUUCGAUCCACAAACUGAUGGCAUUAAGUCUGGAAAUUUGACUAAGCAGGGUCUCAUCGCAGCUUCAAAUGUUGCUCUAAAUAUGAGGGGCAACGGAACAUCUCCAGAUGCGGAUGCCGGGUGGGGCAAGAUCUGGAGGGCAGCGUGUUGGGCCCAACUAGGAGAUGUAUCAAGAAACUUUGCGAGCAAUCUAUUCAGCUUGUACAAUCCUUUUAAUACCGCGGAGAAUACUUUGUUCCAAAUGGACGCAAACGGUGGAUAUCCCGCAGCCGUUCUGGUAAGGGUGUUGUACGCGUUGAAGGUCAUCGUGUUAAUUUCCACCAACAGAACGCCCUCAUCCAAGCACCAGACAAACCAAAGGUCGGUUGCGUUUUGGAUAGUGAGAAUACCAUUGGAACAUGAGGUCAUC